AUGCUUGAACCUUGUAUCGACCAGCAAGAGGUGGAGACCAUCUUUAAGAAGAUUCACGAAGGGCUAGAUCUCUUCAACUACUAUUUCACCCGUCACGAAGCAUCAAGCAAUGACUCUCAACGAGAAAAGCUUGAAAGUGACCUUAAGAAAGAGAUUAAAAAGCUCCAAAAGUUCCGAGAUCAGAUUAAAACAUGGCAAGGAAACGACUCAUUAGAGGCCACGAUUGCCCCACUGAAGCUACAAGAGCACAGAAGAUUAGUGGAAGAAGCCAUGGAAUGUUACAAGGAAGUUGAGAAGAAUUCUAAGAUGAAGUCAUUCUCAAAUCAGUCAAUCAUGUUAGCGGCUAAGGACAGUGGAGACCUGAUUAUCACACCGGAAGUAGAAGAUGCCCUCGAAUUUCUCAGUGGAGUGGAGGAAGAAUUGAAUGAGCAGAAUGAAUCUCUAGAAGAAGAGUAUGAGAAGAUCUCACAGAAGAAAGUCAGGAAGAACAACAUGCUGCAGAUUGAGGAGCGCAAACAAGAACUUGAGGGUUUCAAACUCAAGAAUGAGUUUCAUCUUGAGAAGAUUGAGGCGGUGAUGCGAUUCCUUAAGUCGGGCAAGGUGUCAGUAGAGUCUGUGUGGACGAUCCAAGACGAUUUGAACUUUUACGUUGAGUCCAACCAAGAGCCGGAUUUCGUGGAUGACGAUACGUUAUACGAUGAAAUCUUCAAGGAGGCAAAGCAGAACAGCGAAAACAAUAUUGUUGUCUCCAAUGGACACCCGGAUGAGACCUUUGACUUGAGCAUAAAUGGACUGGAGGAAACCGAUCCAGCACCCAUUGCAUCGGCUGAACUGGUUGUCAAACGAAAGGGAACCGCAUCCGCGUCACCUGCUCCUAACCCAGAACCCACAGCACCAGCGGAGAUACCGUCGAAGCCUAUCACAAACGUUACAGCAAAGAGCAAGCAGUCAGCGGGAAGAAACGAUCUCUCCGACAACUCUACACCUGGAUUUGUUACCACAUUGAAGCCAGCAGCUGCCCCCGCCAAACCCGUGGGAGCUUUGAAGUGGUCUAUUGCUGCGGGUGGUGCAGCACCUAAAGCAGAAGGAAGUAAUGGUCAUAAUGCCACAGAGAAUCCAGAAGUCAAGCAAGCAGAGCAAACAGAGCCAGCAGAAGUUGAGAAAAAGACGCUAAAUAACAAGAAAGAGCAUCGUACUGAAGAGCAUGCUUCUUCGGAGCUACUCUCACUUCUCACAAAGAAUGAUGAGUACUCGCCAUAUCUUGAAGUGUUGAAAAACUCGUCGCUAUCUCCCUGUGAACUUGAGCUCUUUAGUGACUUCAACUUGUUGCGUACACCUCCAGGCAUUCAGGAAUUUGCUGUGGCGUACACUGCUACCAACAGGGCCACUGCCGAGUGUAAAUUGCUUGUGCCUCCUCAAAAGAACUUGCUGGCUUCUCCUUACAUGCGCAAGACUUAUCUUCCACAGAACUACCAGGUUGGGUUCGGCUCGAGUCAAAUCAAACCACCUAUGUUUAUGUCAAAGCUCCAGAAUUACUGGAACCGCAUAAGAGCAGGCAACCUGUUCAAUCAGCUCGUCAAGGAAGUGGAACUUUUAGAACAUCAAAAGACCUCUGAGAGCGCAGCCAUGGUGAAUGAGUUGACGAUGGUUCUCUUCUAUGGGUAUUACUGCGGGCACAUGCCAUUGGAAAAUAUAAUUGCCGAGUUCCUACUCCAUAAGUUAGGAUGGGCGCCCUAUGGCUUGGAUGAUGUAUUGAGCUCGGAAGCUCUGUCACAAUACCAGUAUUGGUUCUUUCCUUUGGGUACUUCUGAGACGCCUGAGACGGGAGACUUUAGAGUGUUUGACUUGUCUCUGUGGGAGAUUUAUGUCAAGCAUAGAUUUCAGUUUGACCCUCGGUUGAGCAAGAGCGGACCGGCUAAGAGUUUGUUCUGA